GUGUUUUCAGGUGUGUUCAGGUGUAUGCAGGUGUGUGUUUCGGUGUGUUUCGGUGUGUUUAGCUGUCCCCAGGUGUGUUCUUCGGUGUGUGUUCAGGGGGACAUUAGCAGGACGUUUGUCUGAUCAUUGAACCAUUAGAAGCGUCCUGGUAAAAAUAUUUCUGUUCCGUGAAACCAAGACUCUGAUCCAGAUUGAACGGACGUGUGACACAGUGUAAACCGGAGUGGACGCGUCCUUCUCUCCUGAGUUAGAAUCUUUUCAGUCCACGUCCUGAGUGUUGGUGCCCAGAGGGCGGCGCCGUUUCACCACAUCUGUCUGGCUCCCGGAGACAAAGUUCAGCCGGACAUGAGCGAAUACGUCUUUUGUAUCUUCGGCGUUCUCAUUCUUUAUUUUCACGUUUCUGUUGUCAAACAAGGGACAGACUCUGGAGACACCUUCAACCGUUCGAUCGACAAUUUCAGAAAUCAGAACUAACAAGUGUGUUUUUAGAGAUUUCAACCCAACAAAUUCUUUUUUGUUGUUUCUUCAACAUCUCAAAAUUGGGGAUGUGAUGUUUUUACUGACCGAACAUAAUUUCUUUCUUCUUUAUUUUACCUACGUGAUGAAUCCAGGACUUAAUACCUGACGUAUUUUAAGACGGAAGAAUUAAUUCUCCAACCUCAACCUCGGGAAAAUGGGGCCUGAAUUUCUUCACCGCUGAAAUCCAAGACCAGUUCUCCGGUCCUGUUUGGUCCUGGUGCUUGUCCUGUUCUGUUGUGGUGUAUCUGACCCCAGCGUCCCCCUGGCAGUAAACACCUCUCAGGACAUAAAUAAACACACACACACACACACACACGCACUGGGAGCUGUGGGACAUAAAUACAGUUCUGUUAGGCCUGUCUGUCUGGGCGCGCUUCUUUUCUGACACUUGACACCUGACACCAGCCUCUCCUCACCACAGGACAACCCGCUUCUCCCUGCCCUGGCCGGGGUGGAGGUGUCGGGUGCAUCGAAUGAAGCGCUCCCAGUCACGGCUGCACAUGUGGCUGACACUUUUUUCGAGGCCGAGCAGGCGACUGACAAACAAACAGACAUCAGCGGAUGAAUGCCGUUAAAAUGCAGCGCUCCUGUGGAUCUAGGAGCGCUUGGUUAAUAUCUCAUCACCUCCAGGGAUCACGCUGAGAGCGCGGUUAAUGAUUGAGGGUCGGCUGGUGACUUAUUGACUGAAGAAGCUUUUUAACUGAAGUUUCAGAGACGGAGACAGAAUGAAGGCAGCCGGACUCUACUGUCCCUCUACUGGGUUUGUCUCACCCUAACCCUCACUGGGAGGAAAGAAAAGAUGAUGAUGUGGGAUGUUUUUCAACCAGUUUUUAAGACUUGAUUCAGCUCCACUCGAUUCUGUUUUUAUCCUGUUUUCCUCACUUCUGCUGAAUCCAGUUUAACUCCACCUUCAUCUAUUCAUCCUUAACCUUCUGCUGAACUUUCUCCGCUUCUUCUUCUUGUCUCUGCUGCUCAGCUCCACCCGGCCGGUCGGCUCCCUUCAGCAGAGGAGGGGCAACCCCUGACUCUACCUGCAUAUCUGACGUGGAGGAGUUGGCUUGCAGAGACAGAGACCUUCAAGUCAGAUCCUCUUCCACAUUUUUAAAUUUACUGUUUUCUGAACCAAGUUCUGACAAGCCCCCAGAUCGUCCCUCCAGAGAACUGGAGCUGAAGCAGCGGACGAGGACGGAUCGAUCGCUCAGCGAGACAAAGUCUUUAAGUGGUUUAUUUUGCGGGACCAGACCCUCUCAGGACCAGCACCUGGACCAGGACCAGAGACCAGCUUGGGGAGUCCAGUUCAGUCUGCGGCCGCGGCAAUGGUGGAUGGGAAGCGGCAGUACGGCAGGGUGUCUCCUCCGGAUGGCGGGUGGGGCUGGGUGAUCGUUGGCUGCUGCUUCAUGGUGACGGUCUGCACCCGAGCAGUGACCAGGUGCAUCUCCAUCUUCUUCGUGGAGUUUCAGGCUCAUUUUGGAGCCGACUACUCUGCUACAGCCUGGAUCCACAGCCUGGUGGACUGCACCACCAUGCUCUGUGCUCCCGUCGGCAGCCUGGUUGGUAAUCGCUGGUCCUGCCGCGUGGCGGUGAUGUUCGGUGGACUCCUCUCCUCCUGUGGCCUCCUGCUCAGCUCCUUCACCACCAGCCUGGAGCUCCUCUACUUCACCAUGGGAAUCCUCACAGGUCUGGGUUUUGCUCUGUGUUACACGCCGGCCAUCGCCAUGGUGGGCUGUUAUUUCCGGCGGAGGAAGGCGCUGGCGUACGGUAUCGCCAUGUCGGGCAGUGGGAUCGGCACCUUUGUGCUGGCUCCGGCCCUACAGCUGUUAAUCGAGCUGUACUCCUGGAGGGGGGCGCUGCUCAUCCUCAGCGCCUUCGUCGCCAACCUCUGCGUCUGUGGGGCGCUGCUUCGACCAAUCGCACAGCGGGAAGACGAGGCGGAGGCGGAGGGGGAGGAGGAGAAGUCAGCGGGGGACGAACGACGUGGUAACAUCUCGUCGCAGGAUGUUGAACUCGCAGUAAAACUCUCCAAAGAAUCUGAAGACCGCCUUCUGUCAUCAGGUGUGUCGGCAUCAUCCUCGCCCUCAUCUUUACCUUCGGGAAACUCCGCCCCUCAAGUGGAGAGGAGGCGGGGCUUCAGCUCCCAUUUCCUGUCCAGUCAGGAGUUCCGUUUCCUGCUGCUGCCGGACUUCCUGGGCCUGUCCGUGUCCUUCCUCUUCCUGGCCAGCGGCUGCAGCCUCCCCUUCGUCUACCUGGUGCCCUACGCUCUGAGCGCCGGCGUCAGCCACCAGCACGCCGCCUUCCUCAUGUCCAUAUUGGGAGUCAUCGACAUCAUGGGGAACAUCACUUUCGGCUGGCUGACGGACCGCAGGUGGUUGAAGCCGUACCGUCUGGCGUGUUACAUCCUCUCGGUGGGCAUGGAGGGUCUCUGCUGCCUCUUCACGCCUUUGCUCCGCUCCUUCCCGCUCCUCGUGCCCUUCGCAGUCCUGUACGGAUACUUCGACGGAGCCUACGUCGCGCUGAUCCCCGUGGUGACGUCGGACGUGGUGGGUGCGCCGUACCUGUCCUCAGCGCUGGGCGUGGUCUACUUCCUCCACGCCAUCCCCUACCUCAUCAGCCCACCCAUCGGAGGUUGGCUGGUUGAUGUCACGGGGAGUUACACAGCCACCUUCUUCCUCAGCGGCGUCGCCCUGCUGGCGAGUGCACUUGUCCUCUCCGCCGUCACCGGGAUUCGCCACUGCCGCCGCCAUCUAACCGCCGCCACCAAGGGCAGCGGCCACGAGCCCCUCCCCCUCGGCCAGUCCGACCUAUCAGACUGCUUCAUCGCCUUCAACAAACAGGCGGUCGGUCAGGCCAUCGCCUCGUAGUGUCAUAGGAAACGACCAAUCAGAUUCAUCGAUCACCAGAGACGACUGGAGGCAGCGACGAGGGCUGUGACUGGACGAGCCGGGCGUCAAUCAAAUGAAGCCCGUCGAAGGUUUUCAACGCGACAAUCAAAAACACCGAGACAAAACUUUUGUUUUUAUUUUGUAACAACAGGAGAGAAACCUGAAACAGACUUCCUGUCUGGAUAAAGUUCCUCCCAUUGUUUUUUCUUUUGUUUAUAAGCUACAACUCGUCAGACCAAUCAGACCAGUCACGUGACUGUGAUGGAUGACUGGACAAACCUCCUGGUUAAACAGGAUUAAAAAGAGAAGGAUAGGUGGAAGGUGCUCACAGCAGCAGACGAGCUAACAGGCUCAAACUGUCACAGGGAGAAAAAAAAAGAGAAACAACUAGAAAAACAGGAAAACAUGACGAACUUAGACAUGUGAGCCGAAACUCUGAUGUGACAGGUUGGAUUCGUUUAGAGGUAGUUUGAGCUGCUCACUGGUCGAGCUACGAUAAAAACAAACGGACGUGAGCUGUACAGGGUCACAGUGAUGGCAAAUGUCUGCACAUUAAGAGGCGGAUUUCAUGCCCAAUAGCUGUGACAGCACCCAGACGAUUCAUAGAACCAUAGUUACAUACGGAACUCGUUUUAGCGUCUAUAACGUCUAGUUUAACAUGAUGAAAUCUGUGACAGUGUUUGUUUUUGUUUAGACGUCUUCAAUACUGUUCAGCAGAUAAUUGUAUGUAGUUUUCAAUUCUGAGUCAACAACACUACAUUUGUACAUUAGUGCAUUUGUUUUUGUUGGUUGGCAAAGACUUUAGGCAGAAAACUGACUCCGUAAACUUUUAAAAGGAAAAUUUCCUGAUCGAUGACACGACCUUGAACGCACCGCUUGUAUUUUAGAUGUUUAGUGUCAGAAACAAAACGAAACAAAAAAAGGAAAGAAGCCAAAUCGUGUGUUUUAUGUUGUUUUUAGCCUGAAUCAUAUUUGGAACAGAAGCUGCUGCUCUCAGGCAGUUAUUGAUCUCUCGGUGACUUUUAUUAACAAGCUGAUCAGAACUCGAUUUUGGCGUUUCCCUGCUGCGGGCACUUGAACUCCUUACCAAAGUGUGAGCGUGUGGAGAUGAUUUAUAUGUUUUCAGUGAAGUUUUUAACUCAGGUAUUGAUUAAUAGAAAAAAAAAA